UUAUCGGAAAGUCAAUAUCUGGAACGGUUGAAUGACAGAAAGAACCAUCGACGGUUCUAGGCGCCUUCGAUAUACUAUAAGUAGGUCGUGUGCACCGGACCGUACAUCAGUCGGGAACAGAAGUACGAGAACAUCGUACCUGUGUGUAUGUAGUUUGACUUGCCUGGACAAGGAACAGGUUCUCGGCAGCCCUACACGGAAAUAUGGGUCUUCGCUCUUGAACAGAGGAUGAAGGACUAAAUCACAGGAAUCGAACCUUGUGGAUAUUUUGUGGUCAUUGUGUGAUUUUGGGAAGGGUUGACAUUGUGGAACGGUUCGGGGCUUUGAAAGGAAACGCGUACAUUCGUGCGGCAAGCACACACGUGUAAUUUACCCUGUGUUUCACGUGUGUGUGGGUGCUACCUUCUUAUCAUUUGGCAUCAUGGUGAACCUCGAAGACUUCUGCGGGAAGGAGGGCGGUGCGAUAUGGGACGAUAAUUUAUUAUUUAACAAUUCCUACCCACAAUUCACGGAGUGUUCCCAGAAUACCCUGCUGGUGUGGGUACCAUGUGGCUUCCUGUGGCUCACUUUACCGUUCUACCUGUACGGACUUUGUAAAUCCAACUCGAUUCCUCUCCCGUUGUCCAGUCUUAACAUCUCAAAAACUUUUCUUAGUCUAGUGCUAUUCUUCAUAACAGCGGUGGAGAUGAUUAAGUUAGCUAGCGAUAAGACUGACAACAACAGACAAGUUCCUACUGCAGUUUUCCUGGGUGAUGCGAUCAAAGUGGCUUCAUUUGCGUUGACAGCUCUGUUGAUUCAGCUGGAGAAGAGGAGUGGUUUUAUCACAUCAGGUGUUCUAUUUCUAUAUUGGUUAUUGAUGACCAUUGCUGGGAUAGUGCCGUUCUAUAGUAAAAUCAUUCAAAAGGUGUAUGAAGAUGAUCUAUAUACCUUUGUCAUGUUCUAUGUGUAUUGGGCAGCCCUCUUCUUACAGUUAAUUUUACACUGUUUUGCUGAGAAAAUCACACGCCGAGGUUAUCAGGAACUAGGCCAGAAGCCAUGCCCAGAGAUCUCUUCAUCUUUCCUAAGUAGACUGUUGUUUUGGUGGAUGAAUCCACUUGUAUUUUCUGGAUAUAAGAAAGAUUUGACAGAAGAUGAUAUCUGGGAUUUAAAUCCACGAGACACACAUAGCACAGUUAAUCCAAAGUUUGGAAAAGCUUGGAAGGAGGAAUUUGAGAAGUGGAAAAUGAUGGAAAAUACAAGUGUGGUAUUCAAUCAAGGGUCGCACAUACAGGAAGAUCGUCGCGCCUCUGAAAAAACACCUCUUCUCCGACAGAGAGCAGAAACAUCUCAGGUGGAAUUCCGUGGAACUAAAGUGGAAAAAAAGAAAAACAAAGCUUCAUUGUUUAAAGUGUUGGUGAGGGUCUAUGGACUUGACUUCCUGAGAGCUUGGGGAUGUAAAUUCUUGUACGAUCUUUUACAGUUCGUCAGUCCCACCCUAUUGGGGGUGUUGAUAGCCUACACACAGAACAAGGAAAAUGAACAAGCAUGGAAGGGAUACGUGUACGCUGCGUCUUUCUUCGUUGUGGCGACUAUUCAGUCGCUGUGUUUCCAUCAGAAUUUCCACAUUGGCAUGACGACAGGAAUGAGGAUACGAUCGGCUUUGAUAACAGCAGUUUACAAAAAGUCCCUCCACAUGAAUAGUGAGGCCAAGAGACAGAAGACCGUUGGGGAGAUCGUCAAUCUUAUGUCCGUAGAUUGUCAGAGGAUGCAGGACCUAUCUGGCUACCUGUGGAUGUUGUGGUCAGCCCCUGUCCAGAUUAUUUUGGCCAUGUGGCUUUUGUGGAAUCAGCUUGGAGUUUCUGUACUAGCAGGUUUGGGGGUGAUGAUCCUCCUCAUUCCAAUCAACAUGUUGAUCUCAAUAAAACAAAGAAAAUUCCAGGUGAAUCUGAUGAAAGUCAAAGACAAGAGGCUAAAACUGAUGAGUGAAGUUCUCAAUGGGAUGAAGGUACUGAAGCUGUAUGCUUGGGAGUCAUCGUUCCAGGAUAAAAUUCUUGAAUUAAGAAAUGAAGAACUUGACAUUCUUAAGAAAUAUGCCUAUCUACAGGCCUUUAGCUCCUUUUCCUUCACCUGCGCACCAUUUUUGGUGACCUUGGCGACAUUUUCCACGUACAUUUUGGCAUCAGAACAACACUACCUGGAUGCUGGGAAGGCAUUUGUGUCAUUGUCGCUGUUUAACAUUUUACGUUUCCCGAUCAACCUCCUGCCCAUGAUGGUUUCAUAUAUUGUGCAGGCCAAUGUUUCCAUUGGCAGAAUCUCCGAUUUUCUGAAGCUCGGUGAUCUGGACUCUGAAAAUGUUCAGCACAACAGAUCAGAUUCUGCUGCAAUCACAAUCAAAGAUGGAACUUUCAGUUGGGAUGAGAAUUUGGCACCAGCCCUGAAGGGCAUCAAUGUCUCUGUGGGGGAAGGUAAGUUGAUAGCAGUGGUCGGACAAGUCGGUUCUGGAAAAUCCUCACUCGUGUCAUCCAUCCUAGGAGACAUGGAGAAGCUCCGUGGACAAGUCAAUGUCAAGGGGACGGUAGCGUAUGUCUCUCAGCAGGCCUGGAUCCAGAAUGCAACAGUACAGGACAACAUCCUUUUUGGGUCGGAAAUGAACCAGUGUACAUACGAUGAUGUUCUUGAUGCAUGUGCCCUUCGUCCUGAUCUGGAGAUCCUCACGGCUGGCGAUAUGACCGAGAUCGGAGAGAAGGGUAUAAAUCUGAGUGGUGGACAGAAGCAGAGAGUUAGUCUGGCCAGAGCGGUAUACAACAAUGCUGAUAUAUAUCUUCUGGAUGACCCCCUCAGUGCUGUUGAUUCUCAUGUAGGCAAGCACAUUUUCCAGAAAGUCGUUGGGAAUAAAGGAUUACUUCGAAACAAGACACGCCUCCUAGUGACACACGGCAUUCAUUGGUUACCGAUGGUCGACUCCAUUAUUGUACUAGUAGACGGACACGUGUCAGAGAUGGGGUCCUAUGAGGAACUUUUGGACCAUGAUGGCGCCUUUGCCCAAUUCCUCAAAACGUACCUCUUGCAGGAUAAUGAAGAUGAAGCUGAGGAAGAGGACCCUGAACUCCAAGAAGCAAAAAAUAAAAUCCUUCAGAGGCUGGAGUCGGUGACCUCUGACACAGGAACAACCUCUGGAGAUGAGUCGCAUGUCAGGUCAAGAAAAAGGAAAACAUCUGAGAGUAAACCGAAGCUGGCAAGGUCAAUCUCGACCGCAGUGGAUGCAAAAUGUGAGAAAAAAACGGUGAAAAAUACCAGAGAAAAAGAUGUUCUUAUUCAGGAGGAAAAGAAAGAAGAGGGAGCCGUCAAGCGCAAGAUAUUCAUGAAAUAUGCCCGUGCUAUCGGACUUGUUGCCAGUUUGUUCAUUUUCACUAUAUUCCUCAUUUAUCAGGGUGCAAGUGUGGGUGCCAACAUUUGGUUAAGUCUUUGGACGGAUGAUAAAGAUCUCGCGAAUCAGACAAACGCCAACACGACCGAGUAUCAGAACAAGAACUACAUGUACCUCGGGGGUUACGCAGGAUUUGGUAUCGGACAAGCAUUCAUGAUCAUGGGAUACUCCUUACUAGCUUCACUUUGUCAGGUGAAAGCCGCAGGAAAGCUCCACCUCGGAAUGCUGGAAACUGUUAUGAAAGGACCAAUGUCCUUCUUUGAUACGACUCCGAUUGGACGUGUAGUGAACAGAUUUUCCCGUGACAUUGAAACAAUAGACAGCAUUCUACCAGGAACAAUAAGAUUCUUCAUACAACAAUCGAUUGGAACUCUGGCCACCUUUGUGAUAAUUACGUACAGUACACCGAUCUUCCUUAGUGUUAUCAUACCACUGUUCAUUGUUUAUUACCUGUCACAGCGUUUUUAUGUCCCUACAUCACGGCAACUGCAGAGGAUUGAGUCUACUACGCGCUCUCCCAUCUACACUCACUUCAGCGAGACGAUCGCCGGAGCACCUACCAUCCGGGCUUAUGGACAACAGGACAGAUUUAUAGAAACAUCUGUUCAGCGGGUCGAUAAAAACAUUCUGUAUUUCUUUGCAAGGAUAGCCUCUAAUAGGUGGCUCGGAACUCGACUGGAGUUUGUAGGAAAUCUGAUUGUGUUUGCUGCGGCCCUGUUUGCAGUUCUUUCCAAUGACGUCAGUAGUGGCACAGUCGGUCUCUCUGUUUCAUACGCCCUAUCAAUCACAUCAGCCCUAAACCUAUUGGUACAGCAAGGUAGCAACUUGGAAACGAACAUCGUAUCUGUGGAACGUGUCCAGGAAUACGCUGAAAUACAGACAGAGGCAGCCUGGGUGCUGCCCUUUAGACGACCUCCACACGAUUGGCCCCAGAAAGGUCACGUUAAAUUCAAUGACUACAAGACAAGGUACCGAGAUGGGCUUGACCUUGUGCUAAGGGGAGUGAACUGUGAGAUACAGGGGGGAGAAAAGGUUGGAAUUGUGGGUCGUACCGGUGCCGGAAAGUCAUCGCUGACAGUAGCUUUGUUCCGCCUGAUUGAACCCGCUGGUGGAAGUAUCGUCAUCGAUGGUCAGAGUAUUGCUGAUAUGGGACUCCAUGAUCUCCGGUCAAAACUGACCAUCCUCCCUCAGGACCCUGUGUUGUUUUCUGGUACCCUGAGAAUGAACCUUGACCCCUUCGAUAUAUACACUGAUGAACAGCUGUGGAGGGCCAUUGAGCAUGCUCACUUAAAGAAAUUUGUGUCAGAUCUUCCCGACGGUCUGCUGCAUGAAUGUGGAGAAGGAGGAGAAAACUUGAGUGUUGGACAGCGACAGUUGGUGUGCCUGGCCAGGACACUUCUGAGGAAGACCAAGAUUCUCAUCCUGGACGAAGCUACGGCGGCGGUUGACAUGGAAACAGAUGAUCUGAUACAGAACACAAUCAGGACGGAGUUUAAGGACUGUACCAUUCUGACCAUAGCUCACAGACUCAACACCAUAAUGGACUAUGACAAGGUCAUGCUCUUAGAUCAAGGACUCAUCAAGGAGUUUGACAGCCCAGAUAAUUUACUAAAGGACAAAUCCUCGGCCUUCUACAGCAUGGCGAAGGACGCUAACCUCGUGUAAAGCCACACAGUCCUUGGUGCCAAAAUGCUUCCCUCCUUAGUCACAAUUAACUCAGGAUUAAAUCUCAAAAUCCUAUAAAAGAUUUAUUUGAAUUUAUAUUUUGUCUGAAUAGUAUAAGCGCACAUGACUUGACAUUACAUAAGUAUUUAUUAAAUUAAAAUUUUAAGAUUUUUGUGUAUCAAAAUCAUUUACUCACAAUUUUAAGAUUUUAUUAUUAUCGAAAUUAAAUUGUUUGGGCUAUUACGUGAUUUGAAAAUUUGAAAAAUGUAUUUAAAGGCAAAUACAAUGUACAGGAUAUUGAAUGGAAGAGUAUUAAAACUGAUUUCAGAACAAUAUAAAGAGGGUUGAUAGAGUGAUAAGAGUCUAUAGUUAAUGAAGAGGAGGAAACAUACCUCUUGGAGGUAUUGUCUCAGAAAUAGCAUCAAUGGUGUUUGAUACACCUCUCUGUGAAAGGAUGCAUCGUGGUGUUGUCCAACUGGGUUGCUGAGUGGCAUAGCAUCAUCCAAAAUUAC